UUCAAGUUCGUAGAGCUCUGAAAGACAGCCAGCAGGCUGAUAGGACCAACUACACUCUCAGUUACAUGGAGACAUUUUAUCACUGUGUCUGCUGUUUUGUUUAUGUUGCAAAAUGUCUCUGCUAAAACUGGUUGUUCGUUUCUAUGCACGGUGAGGGAGAGACGCGAGGCUCGCUGAUUUUGGCCCUUCAGCGCCAAUCAGAAAUAAACUCGGCUUUGAAAUCACAAAGAAAGACUAAAGAUGCUGACUAAGAUAUACUUUAUGAUACAUAUUUAUCUCACAGGCUAUCAGCUGAUAAUGAAAAAAAGCUGAUAAAUAUGAAUCCACAGGUGCAUUCUCGUCUCCUUUCUCAGCAGUUUACUUCAUAACAUUCACCGACUGGUUCAUCAACUUCUUCCCAUGCAUCAGCACGCUCACCAGCAUGCCUUCACUCCCUACCUGCACCAGUCGUUGACUGUCCGGCCUGCUCCAGCAGGAACACAGGACAGUGAAUUCAACAUGCAUCUUGUCAGAGGAUCAGACAAGUCCUCUUUUGCUCCAGUCACUGCCUUCCACAGAACACAGAAGUCCGUCAGGCCAACAAAACGAGGGAGAUGGGGUUCCUUACACGUGUUCAUAGCAUGGAGGAUUCAUUACGACAAACAACUCAAGAGAAUACAGCAGAAACCUCGGAGUCUCCACCAACAAGCAACACCUGAGAGGCCUGUCAACGGUCCACCUGACUCAGUCCAACAAAAGGAGUCAGACCAGCGCUGCUGCAGAGACCCAGAUCUGGAUUUGUCAUGUGGACACUCAAGAAAACCAUCUGAGACCUUCAGCCACUUCAACAGAACUUACCCCUCUGAUCUUUACGCAUCUUCACCUUGCUGCAGCUGUCCGACCCAGAGGGAGAAAUCAGAGCAGCCCCCGAACCUGCACUGGAGAGAGAAACUCGCUGAGAAGGAGAAACAACAUGGGAGGCAACUAACGACCACGGCAAAGGAUUUACUUCUCAGAGACAAAUCCUGGGAUCAGGCGGUGACUCCUGAACUUGACGGCAGACACAGCGACUCGCUUGCCAGGAAGAGGUCACUUGAGGGGGACAGCUUUGUUAAAGUAAAGAGGGCGAAGCAGGAAUAUAUAAAUGACCAGUUCAAUUCUUCACAUCCACCCUCACAGCCCUUGCCAGUGCAACACAGAAGUGAUUUGUCUGUGCUGUAUCCUGUGUCCAGUGUCACCAGAACUCCUUAUCCAAGUGCUGAAAUGCAUCCUUACCACACUGCUUCAUGGGAGCCAGUGUGGAAUCUCCACUCCAGACAAAACGUCCUGAGAGACUGCUCAGCGAAUACCUGCAAAUCAAUCAGGAUUCCUCUUGUAGCACAGGGGCAAAGAGAGACCCCUCAUGGAUUCUGUACACCACCUCUUUACCUGCCGCUUUCUUUGAGGCAGCAGGAGACACUUUACCUCAGAGGGAGGGAGUCUCUACACUCACGCCCGGAGAACUCUCAACUCCAACACUGCGGAUAUCGACUCACUCAUCCCGGCUUUCUGGCAAAGUCCCACCUGGGGCCCUGAGUCUCCCCGGGGUCUGCCUGACAGAAACAAGAGCAGCUGUUCUCAUUACAGCGAUCACUGAUUUUACAGUAUGUCUGUUAGGUUCACUGGGGACUCUGGUCUGCGUAUGAAUUCAACAGAACUGUCCAACAAAUAAAAAAAACAAAGGUACUAUUUGCACUAGAACAGCUUUCAUUAGAUCAAUUUCUCAGAUUGAUUUUGAUUUUGGUGCAGUGAAGAUUACGCUGUAAUGACUCCCUUGUUAAAUCAGUCAUUUGAUUAAAGAUAUUAAGAUGCA